AUGAGUGAGGAGCAAAAUUUGAGACCUGUGUAUGACGAUGAUCAGCCUGGCGAAGAAGCUUACAAGAGAGGUGCUGCUUACAAACAGACAAGGGCCCGUAAGGCUGACUACGAGGACAAAUUGGGGUCUGAAAAGCGUCAGAGAACAAACGACAAUGGUUCCACAGACAAGAAAGAGACUCGAUCCGCGAAUUCGGACGAGUCAGUGGCUUUAGCUGUGGAUAGUAAUGGGAAUCCAAUUCCUACUGAACCACGUUUGCCAAAGAGGAAAGUGGCAGUGAUGAUUGGAUACUGUGGUACUGGGUACCAUGGUAUGCAAUACAAUCCUCCAAAUGACACUAUUGAAAAAGAACUUUUCGAAGCCUUCGUUAGAGCCGGCGCCAUCUCGAAAGCCAACUCCACAGAUUUGAAAAAGAACGGUUUCCAACGCGCUGCAAGAACGGACAAAGGUGUGCAUGCUGGAGGAAAUGUCAUCUCUUUGAAGCUAAUUAUCGAAGAUCCGGACAUCAAGGAAAAAAUCAACAAAGAACUACCAGAACAAAUUCGAGUUUGGGAUAUUUCUCGUGUCAACAAGGCCUUUGACUGUAGAAAGAUGUGCAGCUCUAGAUGGUACGAAUAUUUGUUGCCAACAUACUCCCUUAUUGGGCCCAAACCAUCAUCUUACUUGUAUAAAGAGAUAGCGGCUAGCAAAGAGGAAAUUCCUGGUGUUAUCGAGGACGAUGUGGAAAGUGCAGAAUUCUGGGAUCUAUUUCACAAGGAAGUUGAUUCAAAGUUCACCAAGGAAGAACUAGAAGAAAUAUCUUCUUUCGUAAUGCCAAAGGAAAAUUUCGAUGAGAACAACCCAACCUACCAGAAGUGUAAGGCCUACAAAAAACUGGAAACAAAGCACAAGAGAGCUUACAGGAUUUCAAAAGAAAGACUUGAAAGAUUCAGAAGCGCUUUAAAGCAAUAUGAGGGAACGUAUAAUUUCCACAACUUCACUUUAGGGAAAGAUUUCAAUGAUCCAAGUGCAAAGAGAUUCAUGAAAGAGCUUACAGUCUCAGAGCCAUUUGUUAUUGGCGAAGAGAAAACUGAAUGGGUUUCCAUCAAAAUUCACGGCCAGUCAUUCAUGCUACAUCAAAUUCGUAAAAUGAUCUCAAUGGCUACAUUAAUUACCAGGUGCUUCUGUCCUCUAGAGAGAAUCAGCCAAGCUUACGGCGCGGAGAAGAUUAAUAUUCCUAAAGCUCCUGCACUUGGGCUACUUUUGGAAGCUCCGGUUUAUGAUGGCUACAAUACCAGAUUGCAAGAAUUUGGUUACACCCCAAUUGAUUUCUCCAAGUUUCAAAGCGAGAUGGAUGCAUUCAAAAUGAAGCACAUCUACGAUAAAAUUUACCAAGAGGAAGUCAAUGAAAAUGUCUUUAAUGCAUUUUUCUCUUAUAUAGAUACCUUCAAUCCUUCUGCAAACCAAAACCAGCAAGAACCACUAGAAGCAGAAAUUGAUGAGAAAAAGGACCUUGAGGAUUCAAAAGAGACCGAAAACGACACUACUGACACUAUCAAUGCCGCAGCAAACAAAGGAAAGAAACCCCAACGUCCAAUUUUCGAUUUCCUCACGGCAAGAGGUAUUACGCAAGCUCCAUAA